AUCGUAGAAUCGCUUCCGCGGAUAGAAUAAUCAAAGAGAUAUCAUCGCCGCAAUGAAUUUUCUUUAUAUAAUGGACCCAGUCUCACAUUUUUUCAUAUAUGAUACGAAUUUGAUACAAUACAAGGUCGCAUCAUCUCGGGUUUCUUACACAGCUGGCUAAAGUAAAAAACACCAUAGCGUUACACAACUCUUACCAAACCCCUCACUCGCGAUGGCUUCAUCUAAAGACUUACCACCAUGGGAUAUCCCUUUUUUUCCUAAUAUCUUCUUCAAGAACCAAUUCUGUACCAAACCUGAAAGGCCGGCGAAAACAACGGAUCUCACCGGGAAAGUAGCGAUCAUUACAGGGUCUAAUACCGGUCUGGGAUUUGAAGCCGCCAAACAGAUGCUAGAGCUCCGUUUAUCACACCUGAUUAUCGCGGUACGAAGCAGCGCUAAAGGAGAAGCAGCCGCCGCCAAGCUCCGAACUCAAUUCCCGAAAGCAACCAUCGAAGUCAUGUUAGUGGAUAUGGGCCGGUACGACUCCAUACAGGAUUUCGUCCGGCGCAUAGAAAGCCAAGUGCCCCGUCUCGACAUCGCGAUCCUCAACGCCGGUAUAAUGCACAUGACUUACAAUGUCGCACAAAGUACAGGCCACGAAGAGAUCGUCCAAAUCAACUACUUAUCGACAAUACUACUCGCCACCCUUCUGCUCCCCAUCCUCAAGAGCAGAUCCCCGGCCGGCACACCGGGUCGAUUGACAAUCACCAACGCGGCGCUAGGUCUAACCGCACCGCUGCCGACGACCAAAGGUCACAAAUCCCUCUUAGAUGCUCUCGACGACCCCAAGCUUUUCCCUAGCUACAGCGACAAGCAGUACAACGUCUCCAAGGUACUUGCCCAUAUGUGGGCUUACAAGAUGAUCGACUACGUCUCUGCAAACGACGUAAUCGUGAAUCUAGUCUGUCCGGGCUUCGUCAAGGGCACCCAGUUGGGCCGCGACGCGAGUUUCUGGAUCAAGCCCCUGGCGGCCUUGUUCGCUGCCUCUGCUGCUAGAAACAUAGGUGAUGGUGCUUCGACGUACUUGGACGCGGCUUUGGUUCAGGGGAAGGAGUCGCAUGGGUCGUUUAUCAUGAGUUGGAAGAUUUCGCCGUAUAAUACCUUCCUUUAUACCCCUGAAGGAAGGGAAGCUGCGGAUAAAUUGUGGCAGGAGACUAUGGAUGAGUUUGAGUUUGCUGGUGCUAGGGGGAUUAUGGAGUCGAUGAGGAAGCCGUGAGUCUAUGAAUCUGGACGUUAGCUUUUUAGGCCUAGGUAUAUAUAGAAUAGGGAGAACGGCAUUUUGGUACUUUUUGUUGGCGUAAAUGUUGGCUGUUGUUCACAUGAAGGUCUGGGUAGGUACCUUUUCACAUUUACACAUUAUCAAGGGUCAUUGCAGGUGUAAUAUGAAGUAUUUAUUUUUAAACAAAUUUAAACAAGCUAAAUAAAAUAUAUAAUUAAUUAAUA